GUUAGGAAAGGCUGGGUGGUUCUUAGUGAGUUCUCGUUUUAACUCUCAGCUGGGGGCUACACAACCUUGGAAAUCCCUUUGAUCCAGUUCAUUCUUUACUGUCUGUCAGCCUUUUGGGCAUCUUUUGUCUUUGCAUAGCGUACAACUCGCUGUUUGGCACCAGUACUACUUACUAUCCGAGUCUGUCACCUUGUGUCUAGGCUGUCGAAAUGGCGCUCAAGAACAUCCUCCCGUUACACAAGAAGGAGUCGGUAUCGCGACUUCAGGGCACUCCUCACAGCAAUGGCUCUCCUCCAGGUCGGCCUCAAAAGGCAAAGAGCUUUAUGCCCAACCGAUGGCGCAAUGAACUGGUUGCCGCUGCAGCAGAGUUUGCCGGAACGUUCAUGUUCCUGUUCUUUGCGUUUGGAGGAACGAGUGUAGCCAACACUGCGGCGACAUACAGCAACCGAGUCACCUCUGGACAAGACAACAACAGCAUCACACAGGCGCCAGACACAAGCGUGCUGUUGUACAUCAGUCUGAUCUUCGGCUUCAGUUUGAUGGUCAACGUCUGGGUAUUCUUCAGAGUGAGCGGAGGACUCUUCAACCCUGCCGUAACACUGGGUCUCUGGCUCAUUGGCGCCGUCCCAACCAUUCGAGCAUGCCUCUGCUUCAUGUCACAAAUGCUCGCCGGCAUGGCCGCCGCAGGCGUAAUCCAAGCCAUCAUCCCCGGCCCUCUCAACGUCUCCACCACCCUCGGCGUAGGCGUAUCCGCCGCUCGCGGUGUCUUCCUCGAGAUGUUCCUCACCUCCCUCCUCGUCUUCACCAUCUUCAUGCUCGCAGCCGAGAAGCACAAAGCCACCUUCCUGGCCCCGAUCGGCAUCGGCCUAGCUCUUUUCGUCGCAGAAAUGGUCGGCGUGUUCUUCACGGGUGGCAGCCUGAACCCUGCGAGGAGCUUUGGGCCCUGCGUCGCCACACACAACUUCCCCGAGUAUCAUUACAUCUACUGGUUCGGGCCUCUCAUGGGCACGCUUCUGGCUUUUGGCAUGUACCGUAUUGUUAAACUGGUUGAGUAUGAGACUGUCAACCCGGGUCAGGACUUUGAUGACCACGAGGCUGCGCUGUUUAACCCGCCUGAAGAUCCAGAGCAUGCUGGGCAGGUCGAACGACCGAAUGUCGCUGCACAUGCUAUGGCGGACGCGAUACGCAGGACUAACUCUGGCUUUAAUGGGGAAAACCAGUUUGGCAUCGACUCGAUGCUAGAGAGUAAGGACGACGAGAAGUCCACACCCCCACGGUCGCCACACAAGGAACAGGAGUUGUUAGAGAGAACCGGUCAUGCACCGGCAGCGAACGGCGAACGCCACGAGUGUUGUUAACCCUCGUCUCUUAUCUAGACUGGCAGUGUGCGUCUGAGCAGUAAUAUGUUUCUAUUCUAGCGUUUCUAGCGGGUGCGGGUGCUCAUUUACAAUAGCGAAUCUCAUUUUCAUCUUAU